UAAACUGGUGCACAUUGCUUUCUACCUGAUCAUUUAUUAUAAUAAAACAAAUUGGACAAAGUUCAGACAGUGUUACCAAACUUAAUGUACCAGAUGCAAAGAAAUGUACUGCAUACGGUAUGUUCAACUGAGUAGUUCCUCUUGGCAGUAAAGCUGCUAGCACGGCUUGUUCUUGUGAAGCGGAUGCAAUGAAUAACUGUGAGAGGCAGUUUCCGCCCUUGCUCUCUUUACCUGUUUUUUUUCUUCUGCUCUAUCCUUUUUAAAAAGUCAUCUUUUGUGUGGAUAGUGUGGGAGGGGUGGAUAAGGAUGCUUCAGAAAAAGAAGAGUUUGAUUUUCAAUGAAAGCUCAUAGAGGCUAGGGAGAGUGGUGACAUCGGUAUGGAGAGAAGAACUGUGAAGACCGUUGAGAGAAUAAUUAUCCACCACCACAAUCAACAGGGGAUCCAUUUCUGAGGUGCGGGUGGCUCAGCACUGUCGUAUCAUGAGACUUGUAGCUGUCAAGUGUAUCGGCAAGAGGGUGCUAAAGGGAAAAGAGGGCAUGUUGGAGAACGAGAAUGCAGCGCUCCGCAGUGUUACAGGAGGCAAGUUUCUGGACUGUAUUCUGGAGAGGGGGAGCUACACAGAGAGAUGCCAGCCAUGUCCUACUGCAGGUUCUGGAAGCAGUCCAAUAACUCCACCAGCUGGGUAUCGUGCACAGAUUCCAAGAUUGUCAGUGACUUUGGCCUGUCCAAGUUGGAAGAGCAGUGUGCUCACCACUGCAUGUGGACCCCCUGCUUAUGUGGCAAUAGAUUUCAUUCCACGCAUGUUGCAGAAAGAACCAGAGGAUGAGGUACAAUUGUGAGCAGGCCUUGAAGCAACCUUGGUGAGUUUAAAAAUAGACUAGUAGCUAUGUGUGUAUUCCAAAGGAGGUUGGUGUCACUUUAGUUGGGGAGGAAGGGCUUGUGGUAAUGGCCGGAGCAGAAUCAGUGGAAUGGUAUUAAAUACUGCAUGGCCAGGCAUGACUCCAAUACCAUC